GCAACAGCACGCGGGGCGCCGGCGGCGCGGUCAAGCGGCAGCUGGUGUACGUGUUCACCACGUGGCGCUCGGGCUCGUCCUUCUUCGGGGAGCUCUUUAACCAGAACCCCGAGGUGUUCUUCCUCUACGAGCCCGUGUGGCACGUGUGGCAGAAGCUGUACCCCGGGGACGCCGUGUCCCUGCAGGGGGCGGCGCGCGACAUGCUGAGCGCGCUCUACCGCUGCGACCUCUCGGUCUUCCAGCUGUACAGCCCCGCGGGCAGCGGGGGCCGCAACCUCACCACGCUGGGCAUCUUCGGCGCGGCCACCAACAAGGUGGUGUGCUCGUCGCCGCUCUGCCCCGCCUAUCGCAAGGAGGUGGUGGGGCUGGUGGACGACCGCGUGUGCAAGAAGUGCCCGCCGCAGCGCCUGGCGCGCUUCGAGGAGGAGUGCCGCAAGUACCGCACGCUGGUCAUCAAGGGCGUGCGCGUCUUCGACGUGGCCGUGCUGGCGCCGCUGCUUCGCGACCCGGCCCUGGACCUCAAGGUCAUCCACCUGGUGCGAGACCCUCGCGCCGUGGCCAGCUCGCGGAUCCGCUCCCGCCACGGGCUCAUCCGCGAGAGCCUGCAGGUGGUGCGCAGCCGGGACCCGCGGGCCCAUCGCAUGCCCUUCCUGGAGGCGCCGGGCCACAAGCUGGGCCUCAAGAAGGAGGGCGCGGGCGGCCCGGCGGACUACCACGCGCUGGGCGCCAUGGAGGUCAUCUGCAACAGCAUGGCCAAGACGCUGCAGACGGCCCUGCGGCCCCCCGACUGGCUGCGCGGCCACUACCUGGUGGUGCGGUACGAGGACCUGGUGGGGGACCCCGUGAAGACGCUGCGGAGGGUGUACGACUUCGUGGGGCUGCUGGUGAGCCCCGACAUGGAGCAGUUUGCCUUGAACAUGACCAGCGGCUCGGGCUCCUCCUCCAAGCCUUUCGUGGUGUCUGCGCGAAACGCCACGCAGGCCGCGAACGCUUGGCGGACGGCCCUGACCUUCCAGCAGAUCAAGCAGGUGGAGGAGUUCUGCGCCCAGCCCAUGGCCGUGCUGGGCUACGAGAGGGUGAACAGCCCGCAGGAGGUCAGGGACCUCAGCAAGCCCCUGCUCCGCAAGCCCCGGCUCUGAGGCCCGGCUGGGCCCGACCCAGGGAGCCGCGGACUCCGCCAGGGGUCCGCUGUAAAUACCGCUCAGGCACUUGCUGUCGUGUCCUGAGCCAUUGCAUUUCAAGGGACAGUCGCAAUACACACACUUCUCAGAAAAGGCGAGACUUGAAAGCUCCGACCAGCUGCCUUCCCGGCUCUCCCUGCCUUUCUCCUUCCCCUGUCUCCCAUGUCUCACCUUCUCUCCUACCUGCCCUUCAUUUCGAAGCGGGGUACUGAUGAAAUCAAGAUCCAGUAACCCAAAUCUUGUUUACAAAGUUUUUGUGGUAUCUGUGAACAUGUAAUAGAGUAAUUUGGAGGGGGGUAAAGUAAGGAGCAGAAAGCCCCACUGGGCAUAUAAACAAGGAGGCAUUCUUUUAAAGUAGACUUUUCUGUAAAAGCAAAGGUUAUAUGUGAGUAUUAAUAAAGAAGAUAAUCAGUAAUA